AAUAAGUGUCCCCUCCGUCGCCCUUCGUUCUCAAUGGCCGGGGAGCGAGAGCAAGGAGGCGCCGGUGCCAGUGCAGAGGCGACCAGGCAGGAGGUGUCAACAGAGGCAGUGGUUGAAGUGUGGGAGCAGAUGACUGUGCCAGAGCAUGUGCCGAAGGAUACCAACAUGGCAGUGGAUGUUAAGGUGUUGACCCUUAAUAUUUGGGGGAUACCGCUGUUAGCAAAAGACAAGAAUGCCAGAGUUGAUGCCAUUGCGAAUCAGCUGCUCACAGGGCCGGACGAGUUUGAUUUUGUGUUCCUGCAGGAGGUGUGGUCGAAGGAAGACUAUCACAAAAUAGCUACCAAAAUACUUGCUGUGUGCCGGACUACAAGACAUGGUAUUCCAAUUACCCUUAUAAAUAUGCAUCUUCAUGCUUUGUAUGACCACAAAAAUGAUACUUACGUACAUCACCGUGCUGUUCAAGCAUAUGAGGCAGCGCAGCUGCUUCGACUUGGCCGCACAAAUGAAGAUGUUGUAAUCUUCAGUGGGGAUAUGAACUGCACACAAACUGACUUUGCUUAUAGACUAGUCAAACACAAUGGUGCACUGAUAGAUACCUACAUUGACAGUCCAGUUAAGACCCCGGGAUCAAAUGGAGAAACCAAUGAGACUCCAGCCAACAGCUACACGAGUGUCAAGACCCUCAUGGAGAAUCCUUGUGGUCACAGAAUUGACUAUAUCUUCUACCAGUCUUCCCAAGCGUACAAGGUCAAGACCAAAGUGUGUGACCUGCCCUUUCCCCAGAGAGUCCCACAACAGGAAUUCAGCUUUUCAGACCACGAAGCUGUACGGACAGUACUUACCAUUACCCCCAUGAAAGGGACUGAAAUUAUGGAAGAAAUACCGAGUGUGCAAGCCAAGACGGAUGCCCUGCUGGAGUGUUCUGCAGUGUGUGAGCAAGGCCUGAAGUCUGUAGGCUCUCAGCAGAAACUUUACAUUGCCCUGUCAGUCCUGUGUGCUAUUGUUUUACUGGUGUGCCAUAUUGUGAUAUGUACAGAAUCAUCAUCUGGUGUGACCCGUGGGUUCCUAGGCCUGUUGCUGAUAUUGUUUACAUUCUGUCUUUCAUACUUGCUCUUUAUGGCAACAAUUUUCUACAGAUUUGAAAGUAAUAAGAUUAAAGAAACAAAGUUAGGGAUAGAACAUCAGCUCGAUGAGUUGAGGGAGAAAAAUGCACAAAUUUUUGAAGAGGAGAGGAAGAGGUCUCAGUCAUUCAUCAAGUGACCAAGGAUCAGGGGGUUGGAAUCAAAUGAUUGUGAUAAUGGCUCUGAGCUGCUGUGAAAAUUCCGAAUUCCAAAGACAAUGGUUUUGCUGUCUUUCUGAGGAAAUCAUACACAUUAUCUGUGACUAAAUAGAGCAUGAAGAAAUGAUUCAGUAGUAUUAAAUCCAUAUUUUGUGCGUCAUUCUCACAUGGCAAAAAAUCAAUCUGUACUGUUGUGACUGUUUUCAUCAUUAUACAUAAACACAGUAUUAAACUAUAAUUGCCAGCUUCAUGAAUUGAGAGAGAAGCCUCCUUUUUAGUGUAAUGUACUACUGCAUUAUUGUCAAGUUUGUUGAAUCUUAUUGAAAUGCUUGAGAAUUUGCACAAUAUGGAAAGACACUUAUGUUUGUAACUUUUUUUCAUGCUCUUUUACAGUUUUGGACAUGGAUUUUUCUUAUUACUAAUCCUAAUUGAAAUGCUUUGAUAAAACAAUAUCUCUGUCUUGCUGUGAUCAUGAAAUCAAUGGAACCGAUUAGCAUUUUCAAUUAGAUAGGGAAUAAGAAAAAGAUAUGCCUAGCUCAUACUACUAAGAAACAACUUAAGUGAUUUUAUGAGCUCAAAGUAGUUCUUUGCUAGUUCAUUAGUUUUAAAUGGCUUUCCUACACAAGGUAUUUGACAAUAACUCUGUAUAAACAUUUUAAUGACAAAACCUUUUUCUACUCGUGACAAAGUUCCCCUCUAUACAAACUAAACUUUUCAGGUCCGUAAGUUUUUCAUGUACUUUAAGUAGUGUUAAUCAAUCUUUUAAGACAGCAGUGAAUAUUAUAGUUCAAUUUUAUCAAGGGCAUCUAUUUUUGUGUAACAUGUUAAGCACCUCAUUGUCUUGAUAUUGACUUUAAAUCAUUAUAUUCCUAGUCUCUAUAUAGUGUUGAACUACAGUCUUUAUGAUGUAAAACAACAAAAAGAGAGUAGAUUUAGAGGACAGAUCAGUAGUGGGUGAAGGUAUUCCUUAGGGAUGUAUGUUGUUUAUUGUUGUUAAGGUUACUGGUUUGUGUAGAGAAUAGAUGGAACAAGAGGAUAAUGUGCUUGAAAAGUGAGAAAUGGCAACUAGAAAUGCAUGUGUGUGGACUUUUUGUUGUGUGAUUUAGGGAUUUUAGGAAAAUAUCUUGGAUACAUUUUAGCCAAUACAAAAAUUACUGUAUUUUUUUCAUAUAACUGCAGUAUAUUUGAUUUUAAAGUGUGAGGCAAAGCAAGUUCCAAAAGGAUAGAUUUUGAUAUUGACACUUUAAAGUAAGGACAUAAAAGAGAGUCCAGUUUUAAUAAUUUGAUGCUGGGUACAUACACUGUUCACUUUGAUUUCUUUUUAUUAAUUUUGUUUACACGUAGAUGUCUGCACAAGCAAUUACCCAUCACCAGGGAGUCUUUCACGAAGUUUACCUUAUCUCACCUGUUUAACCCCAUUCUAUUUCAGUUGUCAUUGACAGUGAUGAUAGAAUAUACAGAUUAAAAACUUUUCUUCCUGAAAAUUAAAGGAAUGGAGUAAAUAAGUGAUAUUAGGCUUAGUAGCUGACUCCUCAGUGACUAAAUACUCCGUAUGGGUAAUGAAAAUUUAUAAAACAAAAUCAUUGUGGACUUUGUAUACAGGCAUUCAUGACAUCAGUGGGGUGGUAUAUAUAUAUGCCUCUCAGUCCUUCAAGAAGGUACAAAAUUCAAAAUUAACAGUUCUCAUUGUGGUGAUUGUAUUAACAACAAAACAUUCCGCAAUAUUUUUAGGUAAGUCUGAUUUUUGACUUCCCUUGCAAAGAAAUCUGUUCAACCUACAUGCUAAGUAGUAAACAAUGAUAAGUAAUAUGAUUGAUAUAGGUGGAAAAUUAAUGAUUUCUUGCUUUGUUCUCUUUAUUAAAAGAAAAAAAAAAUUCUUGUCAGUAUUUCUGACACUUUAGGAUUAAAAAGGCUAAUACUUCACAUGCAUGUGGUGCCAGUUAAUGUGCUUCUUUGAAUAAUUUCAGAAUUUAUCACACAAUUUUAUUUUGAUAAUUUAGCUAUAUUCAAGUGAAAUACAUAUCCUCCAUUUUGAUAGAUUAGAUGUAUCUGUUGCAAAGGAGUGUUCCAGUAGUGAAUCAGUGUGCUUCAAAUGUUCCUCAAUCUUGUUUAAAGGUCUGGAUAUGGAUAUGAAUGUCAACCAUAAAUUUGUGUAUGUUUUCUAACAGUUUUAAGGCAAAAUUCUGUACUAUGCUAAACUAUUAAACUAAGUCAUAAAGUGCAUUUUUUUACAGCUUUGAAAGAGUACUUUUUUUCUACAUCUAUACAUUAUUGGUUUGUAAUAUUAUCUGCAUAGUGUUCAUGUAAGUACUUAAUGAUAUAAUAGUUCAAGAAAAAUGUAAGUUCAGUCUUUUUAUUAUACCAGAUUGAAUCAGCUCAAACUAUCUGAAGAAUGUAUACGUAUUUUGCCUCUCAGAAGCUUCAAACUUACUAGUUAUGUGUAGUUUUGAAUGUUGUUUUAAGAGCUUUACUUGUAAUAAUACCAACCUUGCAUGUUCAAAGAAGGAAUUUGUACUUAUUAUAGUGCUGGUGGCCUCUUCAUUCAUAUACAUCUGAAAAGGUGCAUGAUUUCUUUCUUUCACCAAUUUUUCCAAGGUAGUUUGUAACAGGUAGCUUCACUUUGUCUGAUUGGCAACUUGUGAGCUAAGCCCCACUUCUUUGCCUUUAUUCACUGCAAAUAUUAUUUUCUCUCAGUUUAGCUUUCAAUGAUUUUUCUACCGGGUCAAAAAGAGGGGCAGAGCUAAUAACACCACAUGUUUACCCAAUGAGAGUGCGUGCAUUGUGAGAUAUCAAUUAUAAUUAUUUGUAUGAUUUACUAUAUAUUUUAAUUACAAGAAGUAAAAAAAAAAAAAAGAAAAAAAGAAAAAAAAAAUCCUUCUCUUACUUGUGAUAACGAAGAGUUCCUCAACAAUAACAUCUGUCAGAAAAAAAAAGCCCAUUUCAUUUUUCGGUUCAGCAGACUAAAUGGAAGUGGAGCUACCUGGAUGUAUGUACUUUGAUAUUUUAAUUGAUUACAGUAGAAAAUAAUUUUCUUUUGAAAAUGUAAAGUUAUUGUUAUAUCACUUUGUUAAUAUCGUCUUUUGAUUUCCUCUUCUUUUAUACCAAAAUGCUUAUUCCAGUCAUUAUAAAGAAGGUUCCAAGUGGAUAUGGUGCAAGGUAUACAUGUCAAAAGAUUUAUUUACCUUAAGCUUUUGUACAGCAUACUUACAUGAUGUUACUGUGACAGGAAAAUGGUUUAGAGAUGAUGAAGGCAGUACCAUAGCUCUAUAAAAAGGAAACUAGCAGAGUGGGUUGAAUAAUAUCCCUCUCCUAAAAUACAAAUUUAACAAUAAGCGUGAUAUUUAAUAUAAGGAUAUUUAUUUUGAUGUUUGUUACUCCAGCAUCAUUGGAGUGAUAUUGGCGUUAAUGUAAUAUGUCACAAUCAUUCUUUAGUCUUCAGUUUAAUGCAGUAUUUCUGUUACAAAAUAUGAUUUGCUGUAUUAUAUUUCUUUGUUUCUGAGUAUGCAAUUUGUUAGAAAAAGUUCCUCCAAUUAAAAGAUUUUUUUAUUGUUACUGCUGCUGGUUUUUCUCUUAUUUCAUGUCAUGUUAAAGUUAGUUGUCUUAACAUUUAUAAUAUGCUUUGAUAAAAAGAGAUGUAGCACUUGAUGUAAUCAACAGUAAAUAAUCUUUAUUAUAAGCCAGUGUCAAAAUUGGGUCUGUAAGAUCCAGUCGUACCAUUAUUAUUAUCAUUAUUUUACUUUAAACCUCUAGUUUCUAGUUGCUUUUGUAUGUUAAUUUCAUCUGCCUUUGUUUGUAUGUUGAUACCAAGUUUUGUUGUGUCCCAUACAUGUUUUUCAUUGCUAACACAACCACAAGUUUUGUAUUCAACAAAAAAGGGGCCAAUACUAUUACUGUAUUACAACAUAGUUAUGUGGGUUAUGUAUUGUUAACUAGCUUACACACUAAUCAUGUGAUAUGCAUUUUUUAUUGAAUGGCAUGUAUUGAUAAUAUUAAGCCCUGUGGGAAAAGUUCACAUAAUUCUGAUGUAUUUGUUUUGUAUAGAGGCAGUUAUUAUUUAUACUUGGCUUUAAAUUGAGCAGUGUAUGGUAAUGUUCUCUUAUCACUUUUACUUCAGUUUAGCUAUCUAGGUAAAUUUCAUGCCAUGGGUACAAAAGAGAAGGAAAGGACAUUGUGAUGUGUUUGUUGAGGUUACAGGUGUGAUACAAGACUAAAGUGGGACCAUUUAAACUAUUGCUCAUAUAAACUUAGGCUGGGUCAGCUGUAGCAUUGCAUUCCUACUUGCAUUAUAUUUAAUUUUAGGCUAGAUACCUAAUAGUGACCACUUGUUUUUCUUGCCAGUAUUAUUAUUUUUUUAUUUUUAUAGUUCAAAUUGUUAUGCAAGUUAAAAGUAUAACUUCUCCUUCAGUUUUUCCUUAUAGCUCACAAAGGGAUAUUGUUUCAGAUUAAAAAAAAAUAUAUUUUUUGUUUUUGAUCUUUAAUGCAUUUGUUCCUGCCUCUCUGAUGUUGACCUACUUCUUAAAGAUUGGUUUGACAGUUGUAAUUAUGGAAGUAGAAUUCACCUUUCAUUCUUUUCCAAGUCAUUGGUUUAUAAUGUUAUUUCAUCACUUUUAAUUCAAGUUUGUUAUUUAUAAGAAACAAAGGUUCUUACUGACCAAGGACAUAGAUUGGCCUUGGGUUAAAUCUAGUACAUAAUGAAGCUUUAAAUGUAUUAAAAGAAUCAGAUGGGGGAAUAAUUUUUAGGUAGGUAAACUUUCUAGGGCAGCAAUGUUUCCUUUCUUUGUGAAAGUAGUAAAAGGAAGUCGUAAUAUACCAAUUAGAAAUGCUUAAUAGAUCUAUUUCCUCUGUGAUUUUCAAAUAAUGACAAUAACCUAAAUCGAUGGAAAAAUUAGGGUACAUAAUAUCCUCUUAGUGAUUUUUUAAAAAUAAAUGUUUAUGGUCUUAUAGACUUAGAUCGUGAUAUCCAUUGUGAAUGGGUAAUAGACCAAACCAUAAAGUGUGCUUAGAUUGUUUUAGGUAGUAUUUGCCUAAAAAUAGUUUCUAUUUUAUUGUGUGUAAGCAUAUAUCCAUACAGUACUACCAUGUGCCAGUUUCCUGUAAAGGUUUAUGCUUUUCCAUAACAAUAAAGGAAAUAAAAAGGCUGUGUAAA